CAGAGCCUCUGGCCACGGUGGGAGGCGGAGGUUUCCUGCCUGUCCUUCAGGCCGGCAGGCGAAGGUUUCUGAAGAAAUAGCUUGAAGAUGAACUUCUUCCUGGAAACGUUAAAAGUGAUUGUACUUCUUGUUUACUACUUCCUGGAGUCACUGGUGUUCUUGGUUGUUCCUGUACGGAAGAAGAAUGUUAGUGGUGAAAUUGUAUUAAUAACAGGAGCGGGAAGUGGCAUUGGAAGACUCUUAGCAGUGAAGUUUGCCAGCCUUGGAGCCACGGUGGUCCUCUGGGAUAUUAAUCAAGAGGGGCUCAACUGCACAGUAGGACUGGCCAAGGAGAAAGGAGCAGGAAGAGUACACUCUUAUGUCUGUGACUGUAGCAAAAGACAGGAGAUCUACAGAGUAGCUGACCAGGUUAAAAAAGAAGUUGGCGAUGUCAGCAUCUUGAUCAACAAUGCUGGUGUUGUAAUUGGGAAGAGAUUUCUUGAUUGUCCAGAUUCACUUGUAGAAAAAACCAUGGAAGUGAACACAAUGGCACACUUCUGGACUUACAAAGCGUUCCUCCCAGCAAUGAUUGCCGCUAACCAUGGACACUUGGUUAGUAUAGCAAGUGUUGCAGGACUGUGUGGAGUCAGUCAGGCUUCAGAUUACAGUGCAAGUAAAUUUGCAGCAAUUGGUUUGGCAGAGUCAAUUGAUAUGGAGAUGAGAAAUCUGAGAAAGACUGGUGUUAAAACCACAAUUGUGUGUCCUUUUGUCGUAAACACGGGAUUGUUUGAUGGUGUUAAAUCCAAGUGGCCACGUAUGCUUCCUGUUCUGGAUCCAGAGUAUGUGGUCGAGAGGAUAAUCAGUGCUGUUCGGCAGAACCAAGAAAUUGUGCUUAUACCACGCAUCCUUUAUUUUUUACUUUUUUUUAAAAGCUUCCUACCAGUGAAAGCAACAGUUCUCCUUUUAGACUACUUUGGACUCAUUGUUAUCAUGAAUACCUUCAAAGGUAGACCAAAGAAGGAGUGAAAAAGCACAAAAUUCAGAGACCAGC